CUUUAUUAUACCCCUCCCCCUUCAAAAACAAAAAAACAAACAAAUAUUUUAGAUCCAAUUCACUUUUAUUGAAUCUAAAUCUCAAUUAUAUAAUUGUUGAAUUUAUUUCAUUAGAGAAUUUUCUUGACAUAAAUAAUUAGUCUAAACUUUGAAAUAUACCCUACUAUCAGUGGUUCUAUUGAAUAAAUAUAUUAUUUACAGAAUAUUCAACUAAUAUGAUUAACUAUUGGUUUCAACCCUUCUGUUGUAUGAUUGUUGGAUUUCUAAUAUUAACCAGUUAUAUUAAUUGUAUGGACUCUAAUGAUGAUCCUUCAGAUAUCAGUGCAGAUAAACGCUUUCUGUUAGCUUUACCAACACCUAAAAGGUUAAGCCAAUCUUCAUAUACAUUUAACCGUUACAGACGUCCAAUGUAUGGCUAUGGCUAUAGACCAGAUUAUAUUGAUUCUGAUGAAGAUUUAGUCAAUGAAGAUAAAAGAUUUCUACUUGGUCUACCGCCUAAAGUUGAAUAUAAACGUUUUCUACUUGGUUUACCACCAUCACAUAGACAACAUAAAAGGUUCAUUUUAGGGCUACCAGCACCAACUAGAUUUCAUUCAUAAACGAAGAUAGUUUUAAACACGUGAAUGUCUACACACAUAUGCAAACAAAAAAUGUUACCAUACAUCUAUUUAUUCAUUAUUUAAGAUGUCUGAAUAAUAAAUUAUAAAAAUGAAGUUUUGUUUUAUAUAAAUGGUAAAUAUCAUUUUCAGUAUAGGGUUGUGGAGAUUUUUGAAUUUCUUUAAAAUAAUAAACCGGUCAUGAGAAACCAUGGCUAAUGAGACUAAUCUGUGUCAGGUGUGAGGAAACUACCUCCAAAGACGAUGGAAGAUGGUCGCGCAAUGUUGUGGAUUCACUAGAGUUGGACAUUAAUAUCGUCGGAUGUCGGUUCAAUGGUCUAGAGGUUAAACGUUUGUGUGAGA